CCAUGCUUCGACCCUCUUGGAUAACGGUGCAGCGCCGGUGAGCGCUGGUGAGCGCUGGUGAGCGCCGGGCACGGCCAUCGACGGCUACCGAGCGCGAGAGCGAGUUCUGGAGCAGUGCGAUCGAGUGCGAUCAUCGCCAGGCUGGGGUAGGAAGAUGGCUGCCGCGGCGAACGUUGCGCCGGAGAAUCAGUACUUCUACGAGGAUGUCGUUUAUCGCAUUGACAAACGGGGCAAUAUCGUCUUCGGCAUCGUCAUGGAGAACGACGACCUGGACCUGUCCGAGGAGAGCAGCGACAACGAGGAGAACCUGCCGAAGCGCAAGAAGGGCGAGAUCCGCAUGAUCUGGCAUCCGUCCGGUGUCGAGGAGUUGGUCAACUGCAAGAAGGUUCAUCUGGCCGACAGGACGCUCAUGCCUGGAGACGUGGUGCGUAGGAUGAUCAAGGGAAAGGAUACGCAAAGGGGCUACUGCAGGGACGUGGAGCUGACAGCCUGUGUACAGGUCAUUGGUACCAAACAGGUUCUCACGGAUAUCAAAAGCGUAGACUUGAUACCGUUGCAGGAAUUUGCGACAGAUAUGGCGGUGUGUAUGGACUCGUGGGUCGGUGGCAUUAGAAUGACGCACUUCAAGUUGUGGCUGGUAACGCCAGAUGGAUCUCACUGCGUCAUAAACGAGAUGGAUUCCUGCGUGCUGGGACAACUGGAAGAGGCGCGAGAUAGCGACAACGAUUUCCCGCACCCGACCGAAUUCUAUCCUGGCCAGAGCUUGUGGGGGCCGGUUCACUGCCUGGAGGAAGCACAGUGGAUUCAGUGUACAAAGGAGAUGAAGGCGAAGAGGAAAUUGAAACCACAGAAAAUAACCAAAGUGAUCGUGGAAAAGGUGGAGACCGAUUGGAUAGGCGUGCACUGGCAGUGUCGAGCGUAUUCCAAGGACGGUGCCUGGUCCGAUCAGGCUCAGCCAAAGUUCGUGGUCGAGGGUGAAGAUCUGAAAAAACUCAAACUGUUAAACGUAUUCGAGCCCUCGAUGGUACAGGUCGGCAACCGUAACUUCUACGUCAUUAAGGGCAACGAGAACGUUAUUACUCGUGAGCAGUGGCGUAAACAGCAGAGGGAUAUCUAUCAAGUUCCUAAGCAGAGCCCAAAGAAGACGCGUCUGAAUAUCACGGUGACCAAGUUGGUGGAGGAUAAGAAGAAGGAGCAGAAAAAGGACAAAGCGUUCGGUCAGCAACCGACGGAGGAAAGCGGUCAAAAUAAUAGCGUUCGUUCCCAAGAUACCGUAAGCAGCAACGUUUUAUUGCUGCCACCCCAAAAUCAACACGCCGAAAGCUCGGACGAGUGGGAUACGGAAGAUACGGGUUCGCAGAGUGACUCUGCUUCGGUUUCGAGCUGCUGUUCCAGCAUGUCAUCAGUGGGAAAGAAAAAGAAGGGUCCUGCAUUGAUGACGAAAGUGCUGAAGAAAAAGAAAUUGCGAAAAGCGAAAAAGAAAGUGCCGCCUGUUCCAUUAAUUCCCGGGACUAAGAUAGUCGUAGAAACGUUGUCCACUAAUACGAAAGCGAAUGUGGUGUGGCAAGACGGCUCAGUAGAAUUUGGCAUACCGUCGACGCAAUUGUAUCCAAUUCAUCACCUGGACGACAAGGAAUUUUUCCCGGGUGACUUUGUUGUAGAUCAGAAAGAAGAAUCUAGAAUGUAUGGCGUUGUACAAAGUGUCGAUCAUCAAGGCCGUACUGCCAAGAUAAAGUGGUUCCGCACGUAUACUUCUAGUCAAAAUCCAGAGCCGAUCUUUCUGGAAGAACGUGAAGUGAGCGUAUACGACUUGAAGGAUCAUCCAGACUUUCAAUACAGACCGGGCACCUUGGUGAUCCGAAUAGCAAAUUUCGAGGGCGAGGAUGCCGGGUGUACCGCUGGUCAAGUUUUGGACAAUUAUCCAGAGGGACGAGUGAAAGUAUGGUGGAUUGACGAUCACGUUAGCAUGUGUUGGCCGCAGGAUCUCUACAAGGUCGGCGAGUAUGACAGCGACGAGGGAGAACUGUGGGACGAUGUUUCGUCCGAUUCGUCGUGGGAGACGGAAUUGGAAGAUUGCUUCAUUGCCGAUAACGAUGGUACCGAGCAGACAGAAUUGGAUAACAUAAAACCGAAAUUAGCGGCGCACAUCGAGAAAGCCAGAAUCGCAAUGUCAAGAUUGGAAGAGAUUUUCACACAAAACCCGUCCCUGCAGACAACAGAGGUGAUGCGGAAACUACUCGAGGUCUACAAGGAUUGCCGUUACAUGGAUAAACUUAUGGGUACCACAUUCUUCCACGAAUGCCAUUUCCAGGGACUUCUCGAGCGAGUGAGAGAACGCGGCAGGGCAAAUGUCGCGCAGCGCAUGGCGGAUCAAGUCACAAGGCUCUUCACGCCUAAAUCUGAAUAUCCGGAGGAAUCUAUAGAUAAAGAUGAUUCGAAAAAAUCGAGCAAUGGCGAUGACUCGUGUGCUAUUAAUGUAGCGGAGAAGCAAUUUGCCACGAUUAUCAGCGAGUCGGAGAACGAUACUCCAAAUAUUGAGAGCAAUGCCAAAAAACAGAGCGACGACGAGAACGUUAAUCGGCUGUUCAUAUGUCCCAAUCCCAAUCCCGAGGAUUCCGGAUUAUAUUCAGCGGAAAACUCGAAGAAGGAGUCUGGUUCGAGCGAGUCCAGCGGGGAAUUCCUCAUAAGCGAGGAUGUCAAUAAUGUGCCAGAGUGCUCGUCCACGAUAAAUGGUAUGACCACACCCGAGAAGACAGAAGCGAGCAAAGUGAAAAAAGUGCCGACAAGUCUGUUGACUUCUCAGAGCAUCGGAACGUCACAAGUGUGCGUCAAACUAUGCAAUCUGAUAAAAGCGCAACUCGUCUUGGCGCAUGCCGAGGUAUCGAAGAGAUUCGGUUUGGGCAAAAUGUCACUAUCGGACGCAGAAAAGACCUCGUCUCCGCGGAAAAAGCAAAAGGGCGAGGAGGAAGAACAUGUGGAAACGAUAGCGGAUCCGUCCUGUUCCGUUGAGAUUCCACCGACGGUUUACCCAGAAGGCGAGGGCUUCUCCAUUGAAGAGACCGCGCCUGACAGUCACAAGUUCAAGCUGACCAUGUUCCAGCCCACCGAUCUGACCAACUUUUUCCGCACGGUCUCCAAAGAAUUGAAGCUGCUGAAGAGCUCGCUCCCGCCUGGUGUCUGGGUCAACGGAUUUGAGGACCGUAUUGAUUUGUAUUCCGUCAUGUUCCGUGGCCCCGAGAAGACGCCUUACGAAGACGGCCUCUUCCUUUUUGAUUUCCAAUUGUCUGCCGACUAUCCGGCCGCACCGCCCCUCUGUCAUUACAUCUCCUAUUGCAGCGAUCGGCUGAAUCCAAACCUGUACGAGGACGGGAAAGUGUGCGUGAGUCUGCUGGGUACCUGGUCCGGGCGUGGCACGGAGGUGUGGACAAGCUCGUCAACUCUGUUACAAGUGAUAGUCUCGAUACAGGGUCUGAUCCUCGUGAGCGAGCCGUACUUUAACGAAGCCGGAUUCGAGAAACAGAAGGGCUCGCAGCAAGGGCGCGAGAAUUCGAGAAUGUACAACGAGAUGGUGGUGCUAAAGCUGGUACAGGCGCAGACUAAAUUGUUGCUACAUCCACCGUCUGUAUUUAAGGAUGUAAUCAUCGCGCACUUCAAAAACCACGCCGAGAAGAUGCUGCAGAGAUUGGAGUUAUGGAUGGAGAUAUCGGAGAAGCAUAACGAUCAGCAUCCGCUGUCUCCAGUUACUCCCACCACGUUUAAAGAGAUUGCAGAUAUCGACGAGAAAAUAUUGCCCGAAUUCCCGCUCAUCCCAGCAUCUCGAGGCUUCUGCAUAACUCUCCGCAAGACUCUAGCAACGUUCAAAGCUGUGCUCAUUAAAAAAAGUAUAAUACAGAGGUCGGAUGACUGGCAGGAUAAUGAAAAUACCACAGAGUUAAUGAACAAUAUCACAAAUCAGUGCCAAGGAACGUCUGAGUCUGUAGACAGUAAAGCAGUGGAAUGUAACGGGGGUAGUAACAGCAAUAGCAGCAGCAAUACGCAAGAAAAUAGCAAAAAGCCAACCUUAAAUGGCAAUCAGUUCAAGGAAGCGACGUUAUCUUCCUCAACGAAUACUUUCGCCGCGGCGCCGAGCGAAACGAAAAAGAAUACUUCAAGCCAAAACACCAGCUAGCCACAAGGUAAAAGUAAGCAUAAGUCGAAAUGCUUAGCUCGUUUAAAUUACAUGGCUAUUCGGUAAUAAAAGAGAUAUAAUUAUAUUUAUUGGGAUGUGCGUAUAUAUAUUAUAUAUACAUAUAUAUACAUAUACACAUAUAUGUAUAUAUUCUAUAUAUAUUUUAUAUAUAUACACCCGAAUAACUUAUUGCGUACGGAAUUUCAAGUCAUACAUACACAGACACAGACAUACACACUUGCGAUAUGUAUCUGUUGAUCGUAUUUAAUAACGAUGCGAUAAUUCCUAACAAAUGCUCCACGACAGUUGUUGCGCCAUAGCUAGAGCGAUGUCUUGAGAAUAACCACAAGAGUAACCAUAGCGCGAUUAUAGUUAUAAAGAGAUGCAACAUGCGUACACGCACACGUACACGCACAUACACGAUUUCGUAUACUAUCUAGACAAACUGUAAAGUUCACAUUAAUAUCUGGCAUCAACGUAAAGAGGAAGAGAAGAAACUUAUAUAAUACACUGUUCUCGCACGUUGUUCCGUACUUUUGAAGCGAAGGUAUUAUCUGUGACAAAUAAGAGAGGUAAAUAGCGUCUCAAUUUAGCAAAUAAAGACACACAACAUAUAUACGUAUAUGCAUAUACAUAUUAUGCGUGUGUACGUGUAUAUAUGUAUGUGGUGCAAAAAUAUGAGCGAAAUCUACAUUUCUGUAAGAGAAAGCAGAAGAGAAACGAUAUGGAAGAUGAAGACCAGUACAAUAUCUUGAAUUAAUGAGAAAAUGCAAUAGGAUUUUGAAGGGUAAUAAUAAUACGUUAAUUUCGCGCAGCGCAUUUUCACUGCAAUGAUUAUUAUCGGAAUCAUAAAUAGGUCAGUUAAUCCUGUCGAGGUACGUUGAAGUUAUAAUGCCAUCCAAGUAUUACGAGUAUUCUCAAGCGAAGCUAUGAGUGACUUUAAUCACAGGCGCGUAAGGCGUAGCUUAGGAAAAAAAAAAUUUUAGACAAGAUCUCCGCGAUGGCUAUGUCUGGUAUUAUGAAUUUUCUUAGCAUAGCUUGUAAAGGAUAGAUAUAUUUAGAAAGAAAUGCAUUAUCCUUAACUGUUAUAUUCUUUUGCCGAUAGUCAAUAUUCUUUUGCCGAGAUUUUCCAUACAUUCGUCGGAGAUAGAUUCUCCUUUCAUUCCUAUUAUCUUUUGGAGUACAGAGUUAUUCAAAAUGAUUCAUCCGGUUUCAAAUAAUUUUAUUUUCGAAUGUAACAGAGUGAUCAGUGGCAGGGAUGACGUGUUGCUCUGUGCUAACACGAGCGAGCAGUAAUGGUAGGGUCCUCGGUUCGAUCCCGGCCCUCGUCACGUAUAUUUUCCCGUUAAGGGAGAUUUCUAAAAUUCAGCGCAUGAGGAGAAGUUUUGAAGCGCCUAGUGUUGAAUUUCAGUGUUUAAUCGAGAUUAAGCAUGAAUUUCAAGGAAUUUUUAGAAACAUAGCGCUGAUAUAAGCUGACGGUUGAAAGGCGUUCCCACAGAAAGGGUGAACUUAAAAGAAAAGAAGAAAAUGAUCAGUGGUACAUCUAUCAAAAGAUAAACUGUCCAAGUUUUGUCUCUUGCGUUAUAAGUGCUCCAGUGUGACUUCCCAGUUAGGCGAGAUGUAUGACUAAUCACACUCUGUAUAUGUUGUAUUCAAAAGUACAGUUAUUGGAAAUCGUGAAUGAAUUGAUCGUUUGGAUAAUUGAAUCCUUUUGAAUAAUUGUAUUGCGAGAAAGGACUGAUCUGAAGAUUUUAUUUGAGUACAUCAUUCUAACAAUUAUUAUUACUUAAUAUGUUAAUAGUUAAGGUGCACCGCAAAUGGUAUAUAUGUAUACAGUAUUAUUUAUUUAUUUCGUUUAGCAAUUCGUGCGUAACGUAUCCUGAGCAAGGAAGCUAUUUCUUGCAGAACCAUGUUUGUCAUGAUGCACAUAUAAAGAGAUAGUAAGAUCAAAAGAAUAGGAAAGAAGCUCCCGGCUUGAUUUAAUUUAGAGUCGCGCGAAACACUGUGAUGUGAUAUUUAAAUAUUCGUCGGAAAUUAUUUUCCUUUUAUCUCUUCCUUUUUCUUCUUUUUUUAUAUAUACAUAUAAUCUAUCAGACGCAGAAGAAUAAAUUCUUGCUAUCGUCCAAUCGAUUACCAUUUAUCUUUCAAAACGUUGAAUUUCCUACGCGUUCUCGCUUAGUGAAAGACAGAAAGAAAUGGUCCUCGAGAAAUUUACGGUGCUGACGAAUGAAAUUAUUAGAAAGGACACGGAAAAAAUGUGUCUUUGCUCCUUGUUAUUGUAAAUGAGUAUAUGCUGAUAGGGGUGGAAAACGGCGCGCUGUGAAGUCGCCGCGAAAUGGAAUUUGGAAUGCCUUGUAUAUGUGCCAGUUACAUUUAUAUUAAUUAUGGUAAUUAUACCCAUGAGUCACGUUCGAAGUUAUAUUUCAUGUCUCACUUCUUCAAAGGGGGAAAAAAAAGAAAGAGAGAAACUUGCUAGCGAAGGGGCCGCCUGAAAGUGCGAAUUACUACAAUCACAUCGAUGCUAACUACCAAGCGUAAAACACGCAGAAAAACUGUAUUAUAGUCUAACGUAAAGUGUGCAUGGCGGAUUUUUAUUUAGCUUAUUUAAUUUCUUUCUUUAUUUAUUUAUUCGAGACUGUGUUCUUCCCUCUGUCCAUUGCUCUUUCGUUCAUUGCAUUCGUCAUAAGAUCUCCAGCACAUGUUAAAUCAUAUUCAAGAGUUUUUUUCUUAGCGAACUUAUCCUUUUACAUGUUUUGUAAAUUUCCGUUUGAAGGCACACAUACAUACACACAUUCGUUAAGCUCAACUCGUUAUUUCAUCGACCUACUGCAUUGGCAUCGAUCUAACGGUAAUUGCAAUAAUUCUGUAAUAAUUUGCUAUAGAUGUAAUUCAGUUUCCUUAAUUUGGAUCAAUAAAAGAUCAUAAAAGGAUAAA